CAAGAUGGCGAAGAUGAGCGCGGGGGUAAACCAGUAUCCGGGGCCUUCUUGGUCGAGUUUACUGAAAGACAACACACCCGGUUCCUCUGAAAAUGUCCGAAAUGAAAAGCGGCGGAAAAGUGGCGAUAUGCACACGAAGCUCACACUGGAAGAUAAGCCUCUGCUGGGUGACAUGCCCAAGGUGGAGGAAUUCUCGACCGUGUGCUGCAAGCUCUGCAAGUGCCCGGUCAAGACCCAGUAUGUCAAGGAGCACAUGUCGUUGCGGCACCCGGACUACAGCGCCGCCAGGCUGCGCGAGGAGGCUGAGCGCUUCCAGGUCAAAAUCAUGAUCAACAGCAUCCCCGAGUCGCUGUUCGCUGCCGUGCCGUCGUACAAGUCGCACAUGCUGUCGCCGGUGCGCGUGACGUCGCCGGUGCCGCCGUGCGCGGCCGUCGUGGCCGACGAGGACGCCGCCGCCGUGGUCGAUAUCUACGAGCCGCUGGCGCAGGUGGCGGUCAAGGAGGAGCCGGCCGAGCUGAAGCGUCACUCGCUGGUGGACGACCCCGAGGUGGUCUCGUCGGAGGAGCAGCUCGGCGCCGUGCUCAGCCUCAAGACCGAGGUGCCCGGCGCGUUCGUCGACAUCCUAAACGAGUUCGAGAGCGACGCGGGCGGCGCGGACGACGCUGUGCCGCCGCCGCUUCCGCUGCCCUCGCUGGACGCCUCGCCGGCCGCGGAGUACAAGGUACUGCCGCCGCCACCGCCGCCGCCACCGCCGUCGGCCGCCGCACGCGCCGUUGCUGAUGCGCCCGACGCCACCACCGUCAGUGAACACUUGAACCAGCUUCGUGGCUCGCUGUGCGCCAAGAAGCUGCGGCUGGGCCACCUGCCGCGCCAGUACGACCCGAAGAAGCACUGCGGCGUGUGGAUCGCCGAGCGGAGCAAGCACUGCACGCGCGUGCUGGACUGCCGGCAGCACAACCUCGACCAGAAGUCCAAGGUGGUCCGGCCCGUGCCCUUCAAAGAUCUGCUGGUCCGCUUCAAGGCCGGCAAGAGCCGGGAGAGGGAAACGAUCAAACCUCUCACCAUGCGGUACGACCCGAAGUUCCCGGCGCCCGAGGGCCAUCCGGCGGCGGCGCUGGCCUCGCCGUCCCGGCCCGGCCCGCCCGGCAUGGUCACAUACCGCAACAUCACCAACUCGCCCAUUUUCCGGCGCGAGCGCGGCGCCUCGACCGACGAUGACGGCAUGCCGCCGUGA